ACUUUCCACACAACUGAAAACGACCAUCAACCAUUACAGGGAAUGCUCAUUCGACAGUAAUUCUUCAGGUGCUUCAUCCCCAUCUUCAGGAUAAAAGCUGAGAACUUUAGGACGUCCAGUAGUGGGUUGCAUGUAUUCAAGCGAAGAAACAGGAUAAAACAAGCUCCUAACACCAAAACAAAGAACAAAUAAAAAUGGAAGUGAAGGUGUCGGUGGAUGGUGUUCAACGGAUUGUCUGUGGAGUUGCAGAGAGAACCACAUGUCAGGAAGUGGUCAUAGCUUUGGCCCAAGCACUGGGUCGCACGGGCCGCUACACGCUGAAGGAGAAGUUCAAGGACUUUGAGCGGAACCUGACGCCCGACGAGCGGGUGCUGGAGUCGCUGGCGAAGUACGGGCAGCACUCCCGCGAGGUGCACCUCUUCCUCCUGCACAACGGCCCGUCCCUGGGGGUCGCAGGGGGGGACGCGCCGCGGAGAGGCAGCCAGCAGGUCCCGCUGCGAAGGGGAGACGAUAUCGGGGGUCGAGGACGGAGGGGCAGCGGCAGUUGCGCCUCCCACCGGCAGAGCCUGCCCCCGCUGUCCCGUCUGCGGCUUCGCGCCGAGCAGUCCCAGAACGGCGAGGAGAAGAAGCCCAAACGGAAGUCCCUGACGCUGGUGGAGGAGGCUUUCGGAUGGCUGGAGAACCUGAGCAGGAAUGGGAGGCCGCACCGGGGGCGGGAGAAGGAGAAAGGCAGGGAGACCGAAAGGAGAAAAGGCGGGAAUUCGGACAGCUCUCCCAGUGCCUGCCAGGACUGCUGGUCUCCCGGGGGAGUGUGUGGCCUGGGAUGCCAGCAGAGAACCACAGUCACGGCGCAGCAGCAGCAGAGGAGACAUUUCCUGGAUGACCUAGGCAGCGGAAGAACGCACGACAGGGACAACAACGGCAACCACAGUGGCGAGGCAAACAAAAAUGGAGACGCGAGGAGAGACCAGGACCUUAAUGUGGUCAAGGCUAAAGCUGAAAGGAAGCCAGAACCGCAGCCUGUGAGGAAAGCCAGGGUUCCUCGUCCUCUUCCUCCUCCUCCACCUCCUCCUCUUCCCACUCACAAAAGAGAAGACGAGAAACUGCAGGCACUGCUGCUCCACCAACGGGCCCGUCUGCACGAGCUCCAGCUACAGCUCGACUCCACGGACGCCCAGAUCCGGGAGCUGGAAGGGAGGCAGGCCACGGGGCCCCUCCAGGGGGCAGAGGGAGAACUGGCAGACGAGGAGUCGGAGGGAGAGGAGCUGGCCUUCUGGGAGAAUGAGCUCAAAGCAGAGGAAGGCUACGAGAGAGACCUGCAGGGCCAGUUCCGGGAGAUGAAGGAGAAGGCUGCAGAGUGCAAGGCAAAGUUGGAGGAGUAUAAAUGCAGGCUACAAGGGUUUGACCUCGCCAGGGGUAAAAGAGCCGUUCUUGAGGCAGAAGCGCUGGUGGAACCAGGGCAGGAGGCUACCUCGGGAGAACAGAAACCUGCUGUCCCGAGCUGGACAAAGCCACACAGCAGCACCCCCUGUGCUGGAGCCCUGCAGGGUGGGAACGUGCAGCAGGCGAAGCCUCCGGCACUGAACAGAGCGGACGAUGAAGAGGCGCCGACCCCCACUGCGGCCCCUCAUCGCCCCCACGUUCGGGUGUCUCCACAGCAGACUGCAGCCCCGCAGGGCGGGGGGACAGGGCAGCUCCGGGAGCAAUGGGCACGCGUGACCGAUGCCCAAAAUAAACCCGAGACCAGACCAACCUCACCGGUUGUCCACCGCUCCGAGAUCACCAUACAUCUGAGCAGCACAAGAGUCUGAGACCAGACAGGGAGAAGGACCAGGUAGGGGGCACACUAUAUAGCUACAACACCUCAUAUAGCAGCUUCACUGAACAUUCACUUUUUCUCCAAUAACAGCAUCAAGUUAAAGUGCUGUCACUAGUUCCAUGUUGGCCAUCAUUCUUGCAUCCCUUUUGCCCAUUUACAUAGUUUUCUACCUGCCACAUUACUAAUAAGUGAAUGGUAUUACCCUUCACUAGCUAGUGGCCCAGGUUGAAAUAAACCAUUUGAGCAGAUUUCGUCACCAGUCAUUACCAAUAUAAUACAGUAAGCCUGUUUGACUCAUUUCCAAUGUGGAACCAAUACCUUAGGAAGCCAAUACUGGCGAGAACUCAAUGCAAUCUUAAUGUAGUCUACCUGCACCAACACACAAAAUGCAUGAUAUUAAUUCUGAAUUGAAUUAAUAUGGAAAUAUCUCUCCCCACUUUGCUUGGGCCAUACCCUAAA